AUGAUAAUGAUGAUGAUGAUCAGGUUAAUGGCCUUUUGGGCAGCCAUAAUUGUAAGGUGAUCACGAAAGAGAGUCUAUUGGCUGCACAGGGAGAGGACUUGAAAAGAGUAAUGGACUUGCUGUCUUUGAGGGAACAUUACGCGAGAACUCUACUUAUACAUUACAGGUGGGAUGUUGCAAAAGUCUUUGAAGUAUAUGGGAACGAGGGAAAGGAUUGUCUUUAUAAAGAUGCAUGUGUAAUGGUACAUGAUGAUGGAGAUAUCUCUUCAAUGCCGUCCACUUCUGCAAUACUUUGUGAAAUCUGCAUGGAAGAAGUCCCUUUCUAUAAGACGACCACAAUGGAUUGUGGCCAUUGUUUUUGCAACGACUGUUGGAGAGAACACUUUGUAGUGAAGAUAAAUGAGGGUCAAGGUAGAAGGAUCAGUUGCAUGGCUUACAAAUGUGAUGUAAUUUGUGAUGAAGAUAAAAUUAGAAACAGUAUACGUGAAUUGGAUCCCGCUUUAGCAAAAAAGUUUGAUCAGUACCUAUUAGAAUCGUACAUUGAAGAUAAUAAAAGGGUAAAGUGGUGUCCAAGUGUUCCACAUUGUGGAAAUGCCAUUCGUAUCGAGAAUGAUGAUGAGUUAUGUGAAGUUGAAUGUGUGUGUGGUGUUCAGUUUUGUUUUAGUUGCUCUUCAGAAGCACAUUCCCCUUGUUCUUGCGAAAUGUGGGAGCUUUGGACCAUGAAAAACAAGGAUGAAUCAGAAACAGUUAAUUGGCUGAUAGCCAAUACAAGGAAUUGUCCCAAAUGCCUUAAGCCAGCUGAAAAGAAUGGAGGAUGCAACCUUGUCCGCUGUAUAUGUAAACAAGCAUAUUGUUGGAAAUGUGGCGGGGCAACUGGCACUCGGCAUACAUGGGACAGUAUAGAAGGCCACACCUGUGGACGUUUCAUGGAAGACUAUUUGGCCAAUAAAGAACAUCGAAGAGCAAAACAUUGGCGUUACAUGCAUUAUUAUAAUCAUUAUAAAGCUCAUACAGAUUCGUUGGCAGCAGAAUUAUCUCUAAAAGGAAAAUUACAGGAGAAGAUAUCAAAGUUAACAACUGCACAACCGGAAAUCAAGGAUUACACAUGGGUGACAAAUGGAGCCAAUAGGCUCUUUAGGUCAAGACGUUUGCUUUCUUAUUCUUACCCAUUUGCUUACUAUAUGUUUAAUGACACCUUUCUCAGUAAAGAGAUGACAGAAGAAAAUAGGACUAUCAAGAGAAACUUGUUUGAGGACAAGCAGCAACAGCUUGAGGGAAAUAUUGAGAAACUUUCACACUUUUUAGAGAAACUAUUUGACGAGGACUCUAAAGAUGAAGUUAUGGAAUCAAGACAGAAAAUCGUCACUCUCUCUAAGAUUACCAAUGUCCUCUGCAAGAAUUUGUAUGACUGCAUUGACAACGAUAUACUGCUGCAUUUGACAACAAUAAUUAACAUUGCACCUUAUAAAUCGAAGGGCUUAGACAAGGCUGUGGAGCUUCGUCAAUGAGUUGCUAACUUACAAUCACGUACUCGUAGUAUCUCUUUGUUCAUAAUCUAUUUAGAGGAUUUUAUAUGCUUUUUUUUUAGUUAAUUCAGAUCUUGAAAUUUUGCAUUUUAUAUUAUUUCGUUAUUUA